AUGUUUAGAAGAUUUGCAAGUUUGAAUUUCAUCUCCCAUGAAGACCUUACCAAAGCAACAGCAAAUAACAUCGAUUUCAAAGGACACAAGCUCACAUGGGUGGCUAGAAUAGUGAAACUUUGCCACUACUGUGGGGACACCCAACAUAUGAUUACAAACUGUAAUGUUAAACCUUUGAACAACUCUCACACAAGACACAGAACACAUUCUAGAGACAGAUUCUCCACAUAUCAAGAGGAAACUUACUACAACAACAAAAACCAGUACAGGUAUAACAGAUCCAAAAGAGGGACUAACAUAUACCACCCUUCAAAUGAGAAAAGAGUUAGCACAUUAGAGGAAAAUGUAGCACAUAGACACAUGGAUGAAAUGGAAGAAGACAUUGAAUCCAUCUCUGACUCCAUAAUUUUUACAACAGAAAAAUAA